AUGCCGACCUUCAUGUUCUUCGAAAAGGGCCAACCUUACAACGGCGGCCGCAGCGUCGUCCGAGGCGCCGAUCCAAGGACCCUGCAGGCCACCGUCCAGGAGCUGAGCGGGCUUGCCAGGAGAAAGGAGACCGAGGCGGCCGAGGCGGCCGCGAAGAAGGCCGAAGCCAACAAGAAGACGGAAGCCGCGGACGUUAAGGAGGCCAAGCCUGAUGACGGUUCCACCGUCUCUGGCGGCUACACCCUCGGCGUCAAUACUGGCCCAAGGUCGGACUGGAAAAUGUCCUUGCGGGGAUGA